AUUGCAUUGGCAGCCAGGAUCCUACUCGUUACGGUUCAGAAACUGAGCUCAAGUUACCUUGAGCGAGCUUGACAACUCUGUUGAAAACUCUGGCACCUUCGAAGUUUGAUCGCAAAGGGGUCCUCGUUCUUCUCAAAGUUCCCUUAGAUACGCGUGCCCAAGAGGUCCCAAAAAGCAGCCGUGAAAGCUGACCUGCAACUGAAUUGCUAACAUGAAGCUGUGGGGGUUGCUGGCAUUGGGUUAUCUUCUGAUGCUGUGUGCUCAAGCACAGGACAAUGAGGAGAGAUUGCCAGGAUGGCAGGGAGAAACACAUAGUGUAGCACGCUCGAUUGCGGAGAAGAGCCAAGAAAGACGGAUGUGGGUGGAGCCGCUUUCUUGGGAGCCCCGGGCUUCUGUCCUUCACAAUUUCUUGACGGACGACGAGUGCGACCAUCUGGUCGAGGCAGCUAGGCCCAAUAUGAAAAGGAGUACUGUGGUGGACAGCAAAACGGGGCAGAGCGUGGACAGCACGGUUCGAACGAGUUCGGGGACGUUUUUGAUGCGGGGUCAAGAUGAGAUAGUGCGAGCAGUCGAGGAGCGAAUCGCCAAAGUGACGUUUAUCCCCGUCUCCCACGGAGAGGGCUUCCAAAUUCUGCACUACGAGCACGGCCAAAAGUACGAGCCGCACACGGAUUGGUUCGACGCGGCAUCCGACGUCAACGAGAUGCACACCCGCAACGGGGGACAGCGUUUGGCCACCAUGCUGUUGUAUCUGACUGACGUCGAGGAGGGCGGCGAGACGGUGUUCCCGGCGGCCCACGAUAGCAUCGAUGUGAACAGGCCGGGGUUCGACCAGCUGUCGGAAUGCGGGAGGCGGGGUCCCUCCGUGAAGCCCAAGAAGGGAGACGCGCUCCUUUUCUGGAGCCUCACGCCGGAGGCGAAGCCGGACUCGAGAAGUCUGCACGGUGGCUGCCCAGUGUUGAAGGGGAGCAAAUGGUCGGCUACGAAGUGGCUAAGAGUACAUGAAUACAGCAUUUAGGUUAGGUUUAGUGCCGAGAUUUGACCUUGCUUCUGGAUUACCGAUGAAGUUGCAAUCACGUCACAUGCACGGCUGGUUGGACUCGUACACCCGCCGAAAAAGUGCAGACGGAUACUCAUGGUACAGGUUUCUUUCACAAGGCGCAGAUGUCGUCCCCAAAAGCAUUUCCAGCACGGCACGUUGUGAAGUUGUCGUUCCAGAUUGCAGCCAGCCGCUGACAAUUAUGGUACCUUCGAAAGCGAGUCCAAUCUCAGCUUACAUUUUGUAUACGUAUACACGGGUGUGCCAGUUUGGCAUCCAAUCCUACGUAGCUGAGCCGAAUGCAUUCAAAUAUUACCGUCU